UUUACUUUUAAGUUAUCUUAACUAAGAAUAAAAGAUGUACAUUCAGAAAAAAAUUUUCUUAGUAAUUUUAUACUGAAGUUAUUUUGUUUUUAUAAUCAAUGAGAAAAUUUAAUCGAAGCACGUUCUUAUUUUUGGCCAAACGUUUUUAUAAAAAAAAUGUGUAUGAAGCCAAUGUUCAUAUAUAGUUUUUUUCUUAUAAAAAACUGUGUAGCUAUGUUAAUAAGGUAUAAUUUUUAUCGUUACCAGGCCUCCAGUACAACUGAAGAAGAAAUUGACGAAGAAGAGGACGAUUUCCAAAAAAUUGCCCCAGCGGCAAUUGAACAAAAAAACAGCAAAGAAGAUGAGGAUGAAGAGCCAAUAAAAAUCCUGAGUAUUACAGUACCAAAAGUUAAAAACAUAAAGAAACAGAGAGCGACGGUUGUUUCACGCCAACCACUACAGAGCAAUGAUAACUUUUUAUACAUAAAGAAACAAUUCGAAGGAGUGUUUAAAAAAUUAAAUGAAAUUUUUAAGCAACAGGAGCAUAUCUAUCAAAAUAUAAAACUGCUAGAGAAUUCCUUAACAUACCAAAAAAUUAAACAAGUCGAGAUGAGAGCCCAGGUGUUACAACAUUUUCACCGCCACCACUGUAACUCCCAUUCGCCAAUCACUGACGAAAUCCGCUACAGCAUCUAAUGAUCAACUAUCAUUGCCUGGUGGUUCACCCCAAUCGCUGCCUGGUGGAGCUCCAAUGAACAUAUAGUCGUUUAAUGUGGUUAGGAAGCGCUUGGGCUGAGCAAAAAACCCAAACAAAGAGAUGAGGAGAGUUUCCCUACCCUGGAGAUUAUAACAAAUGCAUGGACAAUAGCAAUGGAAGUACAACAACAGGCAGUUUUCUUUCGGAACUUUGCGGUACUCUUUGUCAUUACAUAUUUUGACAACCAAGAACUGGUUGGAAAAAUAUGUAAUGGUAAACAUGAUAGGGACCUGGGCUCAGCAAAGUUAGAUAUUGUCUGUGCAUUAUGUUGGAAAUAUUAUCCUACCAAUAUGGGGAAGUUUCAGAGCUUGGCACCAAUGCAAAGUGUCAAUGGAUGAAUUUCUUUGUCGUAGUCAACGCACACAAAAACGUUAUUCAUAUGCUGUACUACAAACAGACAGUUGAUAGUUUUUCUGUAUAUUUUCUAUUAUCAAUAGCUAAACACACAAUAUUACUUUUUUGUUAGAUUAGUUUCCCCUAGAAAAAAAAAUAUACAUUUCUUAAGAUAUUUGUUAUAUACAUGUUUUUUGCUUUUUUGGCUGAGCAAUAUCAAUUCAUCUCACAUGGAAAUCAAUAUUCUCUUUUUUACUAUUUUCAGUAAAGAAGGACAAAAAUAUAUAAAAAAGAUAAAAUAAAAUAAAUAAAAAAGACCUUGUGAUAAAAUAUGUGUUUAUAAUCUUAUUCUAUUUAUUCAGAUUGCUCGCCCAGUUAAUAUUAUUGGGGUGUUUUUUUCUUAUUCAUAGGCCUGUGUACCCAUACUCGUAUACUUGUGUAUAGUUACUCGCGAUUGGAACUGUAUGGAGUAAAUGAUGUCAGUUAUUUUCGCCAGUUUCCAAGUUAUUUAGCCUCAAACUUGACUUCAUUUUUUAAUAAAUACAUUGAUGUCAAUCUGAUUUAUCAACAUUGUGACGUAAUGUCAAAAUCAGUAUUUUAAAAUAAAUAUUUGAGAUAAAAUGCACUGAUUGAGUUGUAAAUGAUUUGUUAACGUGUUCUCUCAAAUACUUAUUAUUGCAUUCUGUCUAAAUAGCAAGCUAAAAAUGUAUUUAUCUCUUUAAUGAUAGCUAUAUUCAGUCUGUCAGUGUGUUCGCUAAAGCCGCGUCCUGUUACGGAAACACGAAAUACGAUAUGUGUAAGGGACGGGGGUCCAUGUGGAUUUUUCCACGGGUUAACGGCUAGUCUAUAUUAUAAUACCCGUAUACAUCUGUUGAUCUGUCUGUCUGUCUGUCGGUCACACUAAAUGAUAGCUUAGCUGUGCAAGUAGCGAGACAAUACGGUAAAAAAAGGACGGGUGAACCUGUGGAUUGUUCCACGGGCCACCGACUAAUAUCUAAUAUUUCUGAUUCACUUCUAAAGUACAUUAUAUACUAACU